AUGGCGGAAUAUGUGACUGCACUGCAAGACCCACUCAUUUCCGCUCAUGUGCAGCCAGGCUAUGACCCAAAACCAUUGGUGUCUGCACACACACACACUCCCAUUCAGCCUCAAUCAUCACCGUUACCUCCAGGAUGGCUGGAGAUGGAAGAUCCAUCUGGAAGAACGCUUUAUUGCAAUCCGACAGCAGAUAAAACUUCUUGGGAGAGACCCAUUUCUCGUCAAUUGCCGCCCGGGUGGAUGAAAUCGCAGACCCCUGAUGGCAAGACAAUUUUCAUUCAUCCAGAAACGCAAAGAUGCUCAUACCAAUUUCCCCCACAAGUUCUAGCACCGAUACCUCCGCAAAAGCCUCCGGCUCCUCAGAUGCCUCAGAUCACCAGGUAUACUACAACGCCUGGAGGAGGCCCAAAGAGUCAGACGCCGACCCUGGUUCGAAGUCAGACUGCCCCAGCCCAGCCGGCCCAGGACUCGUCAAUGUCCACGAAUGUCAAUACGGCGGUUAUGAGGAAAGCGGUGCCCGGUUUCGGAGAGGCCCUAGCGGUCCACCAGCUUUCGGAGCGUAACAACAGUACAGUCCUCACCAAGAAAUUCGCCUCCGACCUAGCACUCACCACUACUGCCAUGAAGGAUGCAACUAUCAGCGGUGCAAGCCUCGCAACUCGACAAGCCAAAGUCGCAGGACAGAUUAUGGUUGAUCCGAAGAAGAUGCAAAAAAUUUCCAGGAAAAUGGUUGUCAAGACAGGCGCUGUUGGAAUCAAAACUGGUCGAGCUCUCAAAAGUAUGAUGGGUGAAAUGGUCGAAGCUGCCGACAAGAAAGGCAAAUAUCAACCAAAGAAUCGGCAAUUCAUCCCAUAUGAUGGCCAGGUUGAAUACCAAAUCAGAGUUCCAGUUCAACACCCAGCUCAGCCAACUCCUCAAGGUUCAGGAAAUAUUCAGGAGGACGAAUAUCAGCAGCAGCAGGACGCACUCACAUCACACCCUCGGCCAAGUUCCGCAACAAACACGAUUUCUUCUCAACUUAGUACGAUGCCAAUAAGGAUAAAUGCCGGGCUUCCAUCACGUAGGCCAGUUCGCGCUCACCCGGUCAGCAUCGAUGGCACGCUUUCGUUAACUUACGCAAACCAGAUUCAGCACUCUAACCAGGUCAACAAGCCCCCUGCACAACAAUCAAUCCCACAUCCUGAGCCAGCUGAAUAUGAUGACUACAACACUGUAGAGCUACAGAUUGACGUUGGCGCCCAAGUCAGUCAGGCUGGAGCAAGCCCGGCAAUCAUGAAGCCACCAGGGUCGACCCAUCAGUCGACUUUGCCGCAACAGAACACAAGCGAGUUGUCACAAACAACUACAUCUCUAAAUCUCUCCUCCCUUUCAGUUGUUCCGAAACCCACCCAGACGAGUUCACUUUCACUCCAAGCGCAGGGGAGUGUCACCAUCCAGGCAUCUGUUGACACUUCAGACCCUCCACCAUACACUCAGACAGUCCAAACCAACGAGCCUGCUGCUUCCAGCCAGGCUGCACAUCGUCCAACGGCUCGAAUACAAAGUGUAUCGUCUCGAAGCCGACCGCCACCACGCCCAAUGUGUCCUCAACAACAGCUCGGCCCGCAUUAUGUAAGCUCAUCACAAGAACAAGCCACGCUUCUAGUUGGUACAGCGGGUGCUGGUGGCGUUGUAGGCUACGAAGCGUACAAUAUCAUACAGCCACAAUCAGGGGCUAUGAUAUACCAAGAUACACAAGCGAUAGCGCCAGUUUCGCAACCUAUCAUCUUGGCACCCCAGAAGGAGAAUAUAUAUAUCGAGCAGAAUCAGACUAUUAUUCAGCAACAAGUCAUUACCAACAACGAAACAAUGGUGGUGCAGCAAUCCGGGAGUUCGGGUCAGGAGUAUGAGGUGUACAUGCCGCAGGACAUGGCGUACACUCAGGCCGAAGGAAGUCCUGAUGUAGGGGUAUAUCCUGAAUAUGCAACAUAUGAGGAGGGUGUGGCUGCUGGGGAGAUGAUGUAUGUGGAGGCUUAUGCGGGAGAAGUUUAUGGGUCGGGGGAGUUCGAUGCCCAAGAUGGGCUUGAGUAUGAGAAUGCGGGUUAUGGAGAUUGA